CCGGGCUUGGCUCCGCUCGGCGCAGAGAGACAUCCGCUGCGAGCGGGGCGGGCUUGGAGGAUCGCUGAGCGGGCGGAGGAGCCUGGGGAAGCGGGAUGUGACCGUGGGCUUCCAGAAAUUCCUGGAGACUCGCAGGGACAGCCCACAGCAUGUGAGCAGCAGGGGAAGCCUGGAGUGGGAUCCCUGCCUGCCCACGCCUGGACUCGACCCUGCUGGGGCCACAUCUCGCACCGAGAGGAAGAGGAAGAGACAGUUCAUCCACCCUUGCUAACAAUGGGAAGCAGCCCUUCUCCAGCAGCCCGGGAAGGGAAGCUCCGGGGGCAUCCCUGGGAGCGCUGCAGCUGGAUGGACACAGCCCUGUGCCACUGAGGGGUCAGGGCAGCGUGGCUGGGGGAUCUGUGGGGCAGCAUGUUCUUCCAGAGCCGCAGGACCCAGCUGCUGCUGGUCAACUCGCUGACCUUCGGGCUGGAGGUGUGCCUGGCCGCAGGGAUCACCUACGUGCCACCGCUGCUGCUGGAGGUGGGCGUGGAGGAGAAGUUCAUGACCAUGGUUUUGGGGAUAGGACCAGUCCUCGGCUUGGUUUUUGUCCCGCUGAUCGGAUCUGCCAGCGACCACUGGCACAGCAGCUACGGCCGGAGGAGACCUUUCAUCUGGAUGCUCUGCCUGGGGGUCCUGCUGAGCCUCUUCGUGAUCCCCCACGCCAGCAGCCUGGCCAGCCUGUUUGCCCUCAACCCUCGCCCCCUGGAGAUCGCCUUCCUCAUCCUGGGCAUCGGGCUGCUGGAUUUCUGCGGCCAGGUGUGCUUCACCCCGCUGGAGGCCCUGCUCUCCGACCUCUUCCAGGAGCCGGAACACUGCCGCCAGGCCUUCUCCAUGUACGCCUUCAUGAUCAGCCUGGGGGGCUGCAUCGGGUACCUGCUGCCAGCCAUCGACUGGGGGGGCAGCUUCCUGGCGCCCUACCUGGGAGGGCAGGAGACCUGCCUCUUCAGCCUGCUCGCCGUCAUCUUCCUCGGCUGCGUGCUGGCCACGCUCUUCGUGACCGAGGAGGAGGCGGCGGCCCAGGCGGACGCUCUGGAUGUCCCGGCGCUGAAGGACUCGUCCCCCAAGCCCUCCCCUGCCUGCUGCCCGUGCCAGCUGUCCCGGGGGUCCUGCCUGCUGCGGGCCAGGCAGGCGCUGCGGGCCCUGAGGAACCUCUGUGCGGUGGUGCCGCGGCUGCACGGCCUCUACUGCCGCAUCCCCCGCGUCAUCCGCCGCCUCUUCGUGGCCGAGCUCUGCAGCUGGAUGGCCCUCAUGACCUUCAUGCUGUUCUACACCGACUUCGUUGGGGAAGGGCUGUACCACGGCGUGCCCAGGGCCAAGCCAGGCACGGAUGCCAGGCGGCACUACGAUGAAGGUGUGCGGAUGGGCAGCUUGGGCCUCUUCCUGCAGUGCAUCACCUCCAUCUUCUUCUCGACAAUCAUGGACCGGCUGGUGAAGCAGUUUGGCACGCGGGCAGUGUACCUGGCCAGCGUGGUGUUCUUCCCUGGGGCCGCCUUCGUCAUGUGCCUGUCCCACAGCGUCACCGUGGUCACCAUCUCCGCCGCCCUCACGGGCUUCACCUUCUCCGCGCUGCAGAUCCUGCCCUACACCCUGGCAUCCCUCUACCACCACGACAAGCAGGUGUUUUUGCAUAAAUACAAGAGCAAAGAGGAGGAAGACACAGCUCUACUGGACAAGAAAUCAGCCUUCUCUAAAGGCCUCCUCUCCAGCCAGAAGCUGCCUUACCAGAAUGGCCACACUGGGAGCCUCUUCUCUUCCUCCUCCUCCUCCUCCUCGCCUUCCCCCCUCCUGCUGCCCCCAGCUCCUCUGUGCGUCAGCUCCUCCUGCGACGUCUCGCUCAUGAUGAUGGUGGGAGAACCAGACCCGGCGGCCCCUGGCAGGGGGAUCUGCCUGGACCUGGCCAUCCUGGACAGCGCCUUCCUGCUCUCCCAGGUCGUGCCCUCCCUCUUCAUGGGCUCCAUCGUGCAGUUCACGCAGUCGGUCACUGCCUACAUGGUGUCGGCCGCCGGCUUCGGCCUGGUCGCCAUUUACUUCGCAACCAAAGUUGUCUUCGACAAGAGUGACAUGGCCAAGUACUCCGUGUGACGUGGGAGGCGCGUGGGGGGCCCCUGCACGUGGUGAGACGAGGCGUGUGUGCCCGCACGGCCACUCGCGGGAAGCCUCGCGUGGCACCCGCUGUCCCCGCGGCCCCGGGGGGGUGUUCUGGGGCUGGGGGCAGGACAGGGCUAAUCUCAGGUGUAAAUAUGAGCCAUCAGGGAGCUGUGCUUUGGGUCAGCAGUGCUUUCCAGAGGUGCCUUUAUCAGAAGGAGGGAGCACGGCACGGGCAGCGCCAAAGGGGUUGUGCCAGGGAGGGGAAGGGGCUGGACUUUCCCUCUAAUAACGGGUCGUGUCUGUGAGCAGGAGCAGCAGUUGGGUACAAGGAGGGGGUAAAUCAUUGCCCCUUCUGUUCUCCACUCACAGCUGUAUCCUUCUCCCCCUGCUUGUUGCGGUUUUACCCAACUUCUUGAGCAAUACUCCUGCAAAUGGGACAGUGGGAGGAGAUUUCCUUGGGGGGGAAAAAAAAAAAACACAGAUGGGUGGUGAAGGUUUGGCCACGGAGACAAGGGGGUGCACUUGGGUGCACAAACACUUUUGUUCAUCCCCACCUCAGCUCUGGCUGGGAGAAACCGUCCAGGAGAGAAGUUACUACAUCUUGUUUCAGAAAAACAAGUAACGUUCCACUAGGACCAGUUCCAAAAGGUGACUUACCUUUUACCUACGUACCAGGUUGCAUCAGAUAGAAAGGACUUCUGAGCUCUUUUUUUUUUUUUUAAUGAUUGUUUUUAGCUUUCUUCACACAGUUCUCAGCAACUCUGACCUCUCACUCCUCACCUCAGUGCCUGGACCUGCCUCCUGCUCUCUCCCCCAACAGUUCAAGCCUGUUGUGCCUCUUCCACGCCUGGCCCCUAAAAGAUAGUGCUGUGCACAAGGGAAAUACUCUCAGAGGGUUUUCAGUCCUGUGACAGUGAAGUAGAACAGGGAGAGCUCUCCUGCAAGGCUACCUGGGAACAGGUGUACCAGGCCUGGGGAUGCUGAAGGAAUGAGGAGCUGAACUCAGGAAUGGUCUCUGCUGCAGUGGGGAGAUGGAGCUGUCACUGCCUGUGGCUGUUUGGGCUUUCCUAAAAAUCAUUUUAUUUCCAGACAGGGCUCCAGAUUCUUCUGAGGCAGAGCGAAAACCCAGUUACCUGUUAGAGUAAGACAAAGCACCUUGUGCUGGGACCAAACCCUCCUGGGUGUUUUCCAGGCUGUUUGGCUCCCAGCUCUGAGUAAUCUCCCACUGGCAGCAGAGUGGCUGCAGCUGUGAGUCCUUCUGGCCAGUCCCCUUCCCCAUCCGAGUGGAGCAGCUGGAAUAAUUCUGCUGAUGGCAGAUUUCUACCACUCAAAGGCUACCCACACACCAAGCAGGAGGUGAGGUCCUGGCCCCCAGUCAGCACUUUGGGCUUUGGAAUGAUCCAAACUCUGCGACAGUGCGGAGAGGGAGGCUGAGCUGGUCCUGCGAGCACACAAAAAGUCCUUGACUUUGGCUGGGCCAGACAAGCUGUUUGUGAGUAAUUUUCUGUGGAGGUGUGUGGGCAGCGAGAUGCACUUGUGAGGUUCGGCUGAAGGGCAAAAUGUUGCUAUUUUGGCAGAGUCUUGUCAGCCUGUUCCUUGGCACGGGGGCUGGGUGACUCCCCUGCUGUCUGAGACGGGCCCUCAGAGGGCUGCUGGGCUCUUUAAAUGCUUCUUUCCCGUCAGGGGUCACUGUUUUUGUUUUAUUUCUUCGCAAAUUAUGUGCCUGCCAGCCUCCCUUUCCCACAACAAGGUUUGUGUGCUGAAAUGCAGCUGUUUUGGGGAUGGAUUUGGCAGUUGCUUAACCACUUACGGAAACAGUUUUGGGGCUGUACUUCCUACCCUGGGCUCUGUCCACUGCAGGCUGGAGCAGGAAAGGCUUUGGGGCAAAAUGUUGCUGCCAAAGCUGGGGUGUUUCUUGAAUGAAUGAUUUUUCAAACAGGUGUGCUGAAGAAUCCUCGAUUUAUUUUUUUUUUGCCUAGGUAAAACGUGGGGCUGUUGGGAUGCUCAAGUGCUUUUGACAAUUGAGCCAUUUGUUUAAGUGCCUAAAGUGCUCGCACACCAAACUUGAGGUGUAGGGGUUUGGUGAUAAGGGCCUUAAAUGCUUCAUUACAGACACUCAAUGAUAAAGCAGAGGGUUAGAGGGGCAGGCAGCUGGGUUUAGGACAAGAGAUCAGGGUGAGGGAGGAGGAAGAAGAGGGGGCUUCAGGGAAAAUUGGAUGUUGGAGGUAUGGAAGGGACUGGUGUGGGGCACUGGCUGCACUAUGGUGGGUGGGAACCCCUCGUUGUGGCCUCACACUGUCCAUAAAACCCUUCAAAGCCCUUAAUCCUUGUCAUUUGUGCCAGCACAACCCCAGCCACGUCCAAGAGCUGGCUGGGCAGGCUGAGCUCAGGUUUGGGCUGGGCUCUCCCAGCUGCCUUCCCAAAGCCCUGGGGGACGUUGCUGUCACCCCAACAGCCCUGCCUGUGUGCUGUUGGUGCCAAAAGCCUUUUCUCCCUGGUUCGAGGAGGCAUUUCUUCCAGAAACUCCUUUAUUUGUAAGAUUGGCCCUUCUGGCUUCUCUGUGGGGAUCACGCGUGGACCGCCAGGGAUGUUCUAGUGAAGGUAAGAGCAUCCCCUGCCUGCUGUUACUGGUGUUGCCUGUGAGAACACAGGGUUCCUGUGCUGUGGGACCACAGGUUUGGGUACAAACUCCCCAGAGGUGGAGAGGUGGCACUUUCCUCUUCCAGCUCGUGGGUGCACUGCUGUGUUCCUCUCACAGGCUCAUCCUGCCUCACCUCUCCUUUCGUGCCAUGGUGGGGAGGGUUUGGAUCGUGGGCACGGGGAGGAGGGAGAGCGUUACUGUGAGCCUGUUGUGAAUCUCUAGGUUAGGGAAGGAUGGAUGGAUGGAUGCUGGUUUUCCUGUCGGGAUCAUCCUCUGUCCGCGAGAUCGUCCGUGUUUUAUUUAUUCGGUAGAGCAAAUAUUUUGUAUACGAUGCGAGAGGAAGGCUAUUAUUAUAAAUUUCUAUGAGAAGGAGGAAAUAAAGAGGCGUUUAAAGGGG